UAAGAUUCCUUGCUACGGGGGACAGCUAUCAAAGUUUGAUGUAUUUAUGUAAAGCAUCUGCAUCAUCAAUUUCACGAAUUGUGCCCGAAGUUUGCAGUGCCCUAUGCGAAGGUCUAAAGGAUAAUAUAAAGGUUCCCGCAAAUCCAGAGGAUUGGAAAAAAGUUGCAAAUGGAUAUAAUACAAUGUGGAACUUCCCGAUGUGUAUAGGCAGUAUGGAUGGAAAACAUGUAAUCAUAGAAUCCCCAAAAUACAGUGGAAGAAUAUUUGAUUCAUCCCUGGAUAUACCCUAUUUUGGAUCAUCCAAAGUAUCUUUUAAGAAGAGAGCUGGUUAA